AAGCAUUGUCCCUAGCAUACAGAAGUUGUACACACUUGUAGGCAUAGCUUUAAAAAGUUUAAAAUAUAAGUUUAUUUGUUGUUCGUGAAAGGCUUAGCUUAUAUCAGGUAAGUUUAUAACACCCUUUAAAGAGCUGGGGAGUGUCUGUGUUUGUCGCGCGCCAGCUGCUAAGGUGGAGGAGUGUUUAGUUCUGCACCCCCGCGGGGUUUAAAGUUCUGGCUACAUGAUUAGCAAGAAGCUAGCUCCACAUCUCUACUGAUAAACGUUUGGCAGCGAUGGCGGCGCUUUGUCAGCAACGACGUGCCUUGGUGGAAAUACCUGCACCCCAACCCAAAAUAGCAGCUCGAAUGAGAAGGUCUUAUUUCGAGAUUCUCGGUGCUCGUUUGGCCCCUGCUGCACUUCCAAGAGGCAGGAACCCAAGCACAAAGCGAGCACACUCUUUGGAUUUAUCCUUUGGGGGCCUGUGGGGAGAAAGGAUGGAGAGCCAGUGUGAAAAGAUGGAUGAACAUCCAACCCAACUCUCCAAGCAGCAGCUGGUGCAGCUCAUCAGAUCCCUCAUCCUGGUUGAACAGAGCCAAGAGCCCAGAAUGGUGGCGACAGACCUCAAGUAUCUUCACGAAGACCUCCAGCUGAAGAAGACGAAUGUAUACAGGUCUAUACCGUAUUCACGGUUUGGCUCCAACAGGGAUGCUCACUGCUACAGAAAGGCCUAUCCUCACCUGCUGGCUUUUAAACUUUCAUGUCAGGAGUGGGGCCAGGUUCUCCUGAGGAACAAAGAGUGGGAUGCUGUGUUGGAGCACUCCCUUAUGGCGUGGCGAUUCACCAGUGACUUACCACAGUGGGACACGGUGAACCACAACGUGCUGAGAGAACAGUGUUACGGCGUCUUGGCUGCUCACAGUCUUUCUGCUCUGGAGCACUACCGACCAGAACCCAGCAGAGCACGGGAACUGCUGCGGAGGUUUAAAGUUGCUCAGCUUCAAAGCCAGUUAAUAGCUCCCUGCAUUGAGGAACUGCAAAGGAUUAUGGGAUAUACAGAGGACUUAUCCAUGGAUGCAAAAUGAUCUAUUGAUUAAUCCCGGCAGGUGGAUUCUGUCUGGUGAAAACGAUGCCACAUAAUGAGUCAAAUGAUUGUUUCAAUGGGCCAGAAAUGUUGUUUACAUGGCUGGUUAUUCACGAAAACAGCCACAGUGUUUUUAAGGACUGUUGAUAAAACACCCUGUUAAACUUCAAAUAGGAGGAUUUAGCUUAGCUAAUCUACAGUUUCUAUGAGAUGGUGGCUGAGGGGUGGAGAAACAAGCUACUGAAUUGUAAAAAAA